ACUUUAUUGUUCAGUUUAGUAGUCAUUGGUUUACUAGAAACACGAAAUGUUGCACUUAAAUUUUUUUUUAGUUUUCGGUAUAGGAAUAUUUCUAUUUGCUGACAAAUUAGCCCAAUCACAAACCACGGGGUCAGUGCUGCAGAAUAUUUUGACUGGAAAAGAACGUGAUGUCGGAGACAAAUGCGUUGCGAAUCCAUCUAUCAAAUGCGACUUGUCAUAUAAAUACAGAACGUUUGAUGGCUCCUGCGUGAAUCCAGAUCAUCCGACAUGGGGCAUGGCUGGUUCCGUUUUUACCCGCCUAUUACCCGCCUUGUACAAAGAUGGUAAGCGACAAAUCCGCACUCAAGUCAACAACAAGGAAUUAGUUAGUCCUCGAGUGCUGUCGACCAUAUUUUUCACUGAUCAACCGGAAUUUGAUACUGAUAUGAAAUACACUGUGCUAAUGUGUCAAUUCGGACAAGUUCUCGCUCACGACAUGUCUGGUACAUUGUCGAAAACGGGUGGAUCCUCAUGUUGUACUGCACAGCAAACCAGGCUUCCACCUAAUUCAAUUCCACAAACCUGUGAGGCUAUCAAUGUGCCCAGCAAUGAUAAGUUCUAUUCCAAAUUCAAGGUUUUGUGCUUAAACAUGAACAGAUCAAAGAAUACGGACGAUAUUAAUUGUGAUGUCGGCCCUGUCUUACCGAUAAACCACGUCACGGCUUACAUAGACGCUUCAUUACUUUACGGUUCGGCGGAAAAUGCCAACAAUGAGCUUCGUAUGAAAAAGGAUGGUCUAAUGAGUUUUCAAAUGAUUGAUAACAGAAUGUAUCCUCCAAAUGUACAAGAUCCCAAAAUAUCGUGUAAUGCAGCUUCCGACCAAGAGCUUUGCAUUAAAGCAGGUGAUUUUCGAAGUAAUGCCGGUCCAAAUAUAGUUGCAAUGCAAGUGCUUCUAUUGAGACUACAUAAUUGGAUAGCGGCAGAAUUGAAGAAGUUAAAUAAACACUGGAAUGACGGUCAAUUAUUCGAAGAAUCCCGCCGAAUCCUCAUAGCGUGUUUACAAAUGAUCACAUACGGGUCGUACCUAGUCCAUUUAUUGGGCAAAAAGUUUAUGGAUGAAGCUAAAAUGUCUGUUAAGACUGAAGGUUACAAUGACUUGUUCGAUUCAACGGUACACGGUCAAAUGACGGCAGAAUUUAGCGGGGUGGCUUUCAGAUGUCUGCACAGUACAAUAACGGGACAAAUGAAAUUAAUGGAUGAGCAACGAAAUGUGGUCGGUGUAUGGAAUUUCGAACAAUUUCAAAAGACGGGAUGGUUUGUUUGCGAGGACAACAACUUUGAUAAAAUGUUGAGAGGAAUGGCAACCCAAGGACAAGGUCGGCAAAACCGUUUCUUUCCCACAGCGAUUACCGACAAGCUGUUUCAAGUUAAUGGCGUAGGGACAGACUUGGAAUCGUUGGAUAUAGGAAGGAAUCGAGAUUAUGGCAUGAGACCCUACCCCGAUUACUUUCCAAUUAGAGGAAAAGAUUCACCAAAAACUUGGGAACAAUUGAGUGAAGAUAAUCUGAUAGAUAAAAAUAUGGUGGAACGACUACAGACACAAUAUCCUUCAAUGGAGGAUAUCGACCUAUUUGUAGGUGCCGUCUUAGAAAACGUUGAACCUGAUUCCGGUUCAUUGGUCGGUCCUUUAUUACAAAAAAUGAUUGGGCAUCAAUUUUCUAUAUUACAAAAGGCAGAUAAAUUUUAUUUCGAGUCUAAAAAUCAAGUAUACCCAUUUACUGCAGAGCAACUAAAGGAAAUACGAAAAAUGACUAUGUCAAUGGUGAUCUGUUUAAUCAGUGACGAUAUAAAAAACAUGCAGCCAGAUGCUUUUGUACAAUUAUCAGAGAGUAACUCAUUGAAGCCAUGCGUUGACAUAAUCGGUGAUUUUUCAUUGAAACCAUGGAAAGAAUAAACAAGUUAUAUAAGCAAUACCGAAUAUAUAUUUUCAUUAAGUCAUGUUUACAGUUACAUGAACAUAAAUAAAAGUUACAAUUUUUUCCUUAACGAUCUUCUUUUAGUGUCUUUUGUACUAGUGUUUAUGAAAUUUUGUGAUUUUGAUGUUGUUUUUGUUUUCUUACUGUCGAUUUCCAUAUCUUCUGAUGAUUUUGAAACAGUAGCAGUAGGUAAACUAACAACUGAAUGAACAAUCUUUUCAAUACCU